UGUGCAACAACCGAUUCGCAUUGUUUUAACUUUAACAAGUCUUCAGCAAAUUAACAAGUUGCAAUUCGAACUCUUUCUACAGAAACAAAGCGAAAAUGGCGGAAAUAAAAGAAAUUGAAUUGCCAAAGCCGUCGGUUCCCGAGCUCUCCGUCACCCUAAACAGAUUCUUGGAAGGAAUCAAAGCAAUUGUUUCCGGUGACAAAUACGAGGAAGCUCGUACAUUGGUCGAAGAAUAUCAAACGUCGGGCGAAAUGCAAAACCUGCAGCAGUUCUUGAAGGAAUAUGCAGAAAACCACGAAAAUUACGUAACCGAGUUGUGGCUGAACGAUAUGUAUUUAAAAAAUCCUUUGCCUCUGCCUAUCAACUCCAGUCCAUUUUUCCUGCUGCCGAAGCAAGAAUUUCAUUCAAAUGAGAAAAGAUUUCGAUUUAUAGCGAGAUUUAUCAUCUUUUCGCUUAUGUUCAAGCAAAGAGUUGACAGCGGUGAAUUAAAACAAGAAUUUUCUGGGGGACAAAAGAAAGGGAAUGCGCUUUCCAUGGCCACGUAUCAUCACUUCUUCACGGCUUACAGAAGACCAGGCGCGACUAAAGACGAGCACGUUUUUAGUGAAGGCGGCAGCAGACAUAUCAUUGUGAUCUGCAACAAUCAGUUAUUUGUGUUGAUGAUACCCGGUAGAAUAGCUCUUCCAAGUGAAAAAGCUCUGGUAGAAAAACUCCAGAAAAUCGAUAUUCUCAGUGAGCAGGAGCCACACUAUCCGCCAGUGGGUAUUCUCACGGCUCUCAAUCGAAAACAAUGGGCAAGCAUAAGAGAACGCAUGAUCGAAAAUAAAAAUAAUAAAGAAUCCAUUCAAAUUAUUGAAAACUGUUUGUUUGUGGUGUGCAUGGACGAAUCGAACGAAAACCUGUGGAAACCAACAAGAUGGGAUAGCAUUUCAAAGGAGAGGAUGGGACAAAUGGCCAACCACAUCCUUCACGGCAAUAAAAGCGAACAUUCCACCGGUAACAGAUGGUUCGAUAAAUUUAUUCAGUUUAUCGUGACGAAAAAUGGCGUGAACGGAAUUGUGAUCGAACGUUCGGUGUCGGAAGGGAUUACAGUUUUAAGAUUCUGCGAAGAAUUUCUGGAUUUUGUGAGAAAAGAUCAGCCGAAGAGAUCAUCCGACGAUCUAUUGAGAGUCAAAAGACUCAUUUGGGACCUCAAUAAACCUCUCGAAAAGGAAAUCAGAAAUGCAUCGGCCGUCACAGACGCAUUAAUCGACACGCUGGAACUCACUGUUUUUAUAUUUGACUAUUACGGCAAAAAUUUUCCGAGGAAACAAAAAAUCAGUCCCGAUGUGUUCAUUCAGUUGUGUUUGCAGUUGACGUACUACAGAAUGCAUGGAAAAAUGACGGCCACUUACGAAAGUGCCGCUUUGAGGAAAUUCAGAUUCGGUCGCAUCGACAACAUCCGCGCUUCCAGCCAAGAGGCUUUGGAUUUCUCAAAGUCCAUGUUAGAUCCUUCCCUGAGUCAGGCUGAAAAAUUGGAUAAAUUCCGAAGAGCCGUUAAAAAGCAAACCGAAAUGCUUCUCUACACAAUCAACGGAGAAGGACCGGAUAACCAUCUUCUGUGCUUAAAGGAAAUGGCUGCUCUGCACGGUUUACCAGAACCCGCACUUUAUCAAACAGAUUAUUACAAAGAGUUUUUGGAUUUCCGCUUAGCCACCAGUCAGGUUCCAACGACGUACAACAUCACAGUUGGAUACGGUCCCGUAGUGCCCGACGGAUACGGAUGUUCGUACAAUCCACAGGAGUAUAGUAUUAUCUUUUGCAUUUCGUCGUUCAAAAACAACCCCUCGACGGACUCGGAGAAGUUUGCACAGAACCUGCAAGUAAGUUUGUUGGAGGUAAAGGAGCUUUGUAAGAGUGGAGAGACUGCAGUUUCCACCAGCUCACCGACAAAGACUGCAGUUAAAGCCGAAACAAAGUAAUGGAAUAAAAAGGAGUUUUCUUGCGGUUUAAUCUGCAGUGUUUUUGCAUCAAAAUUAUUUUAAUAAUGAUUUAAAAUCGGUUUAAUAAAUUUACGAAAACUUUCCUUGUUCGUUUUACUCACCUGACCGUAAUUUAUGUAAUA